UCAAAUUUAACAGAAUCCACCUUAAAAUCUCUGCCCUAACUCCUACCCACCUUCUGCCAAACCGAGUAAGAAUUUCAGGACCUAAAGGAGCAGUGAAAUUUGGAGUUAAUAAGACAAUAUCGCUUCGCCGAGGGGGGGAAACACAAGCACUGCGAGAGAACCCAUUUGGACUUGAGAGAGGGUAAGUACUCUCAAAGCAGAAAAUUUGAUGAUGACCAUGACUGCCAUGGCUGACGGUCUGGAAGCUCAGGACUCGUCCAAGUCUGCCUUCAUGGAGUUUGGUCAGCAAUCUCAUUCACAGCAGAGCUCCCCGUCCAUGGCCGCCAGCCACUACCCGCUCCACUGUCUCCACUCGGGUUCUCACCCGCAUCACCAGCACGAUAACUCCCCGUACUCCGCUACGAACUCCUACAACAGAUCGCUACCUUACUCCUAUGUGAGUCAUUCCCAUCACAGCCCAUACCUACCGUCUUACCACAGUAACACCACAGCCAGCCAGACUCGGUUAGACGGCACAGAACAGCAGAAAACGACAGUGAUUGAAAAUGGAGAAAUUCGUUUUAACGGAAAGGGCAAGAAGAUACGCAAACCUCGGACGAUUUACUCUAGUUUGCAGCUACAAGCUUUAAAUCACCGCUUCCAGCAAACCCAAUACCUUGCACUGCCCGAGAGAGCAGAGCUUGCGGCUUCGCUCGGACUUACCCAGACGCAGGUAAAAAUCUGGUUUCAAAACAAGAGGUCGAAGUUCAAGAAGCUACUGAAACAAGGCGGUAACCCUCACGAGAGUGACCCUCUACCGGGUUCCAUCGCCCUUUCGCCGCGAUCCCCGGCGAUCCCGCCAAUUUGGGACGUUUCAUCGACCACGAAAGGAGUAAAUAUGCCCGCUAACAGCUACAUGCCCGGCUACUCUCACUGGUAUUCCUCUCCGCAUCAGGACACAAUGCCGAGAUAGGUUUCCAGCGAAAUCAAUACGCAGGUAGGCCCUAAGGCCUUGCUGCGGAGGUUCUUACCCAAACCCGCGUAACCUGCGCCACUGAUUACCGACAUUUUAAGAACAAAGCGUGGCCGCCGAACACUGAACAACUUUACAAAGAAAAGCGGGGACUUUUGAAGGACAACUGAGAAUGGCUGUUCUGAUGUGACAAUUUCCAAAGGAAUGGACCUUGAAUUAGAACAUAGCCUGCUCGUGGUUGUUCAGUGGGAUACCCUCUUAUCUUGCAUUUUCGUUCAUACUAAAGCGGACGUUUAAAACCAAAUAUGAGACGAAACAAGAACUUGCGCAUAAAAGGGAUACUUUCAAAUGUGUUUCACAGGACAACGUGAAAUCGUGUUUUCAAAUGAACGGAAACGUGUUGUCUUUGCAUUGCCACUGGCCAUUUUUAAACAUGCAAAACGAGGCAAGCUGCAUAUGUAUAUAUUGUCCAAUUUUAGUUGUAUAUACUUUUUAUGUUUUGUCUUUCAUAUAUGGAGUAAAACAUGACUUAAAAUAACGUCUCAUGUGUUUGAU